AUGUGUGAAAUAGUUCGUCAACGGAUAUGUAAAAUAUACGUUUCGCUUUCAAAUUGUAUCUUCAAAAACUUAGCGUUUGAAGAAUAUCUUCUUAGAAAUCAUGAUUUGAAAAAAGACGGAGAUGCAAUGCUGCUUUGGAGCAAUAAGCCUGCCGUUGUCAUAGGGCGACAUCAAAAUCCAUGGCUGGAAGCAAAUAUUCCCUUUUUACAUGAAUAUGGGAUCGACUUAGCACGACGUCACAGUGGUGGUGGAACUGUAUACCACGACCAAGGAAAUCUGAACAUAUCACUGCUUACAACACGAAAGGCUCACUGUAGAAAGAAGAAUCUAGAGUUUCUAGCUAAAGUGAUCAAUAACCGCUUUGCAGUGAACGUUGUUCCCACCAAUCGGGAUGAUAUGGAGCUUCAACCGGGUUCACGAAAGUGCUCAGGAACAGCUGCUCGGAUAACCACCGCACGAGCUUAUCAUCAUCUCACUUUACUUGUUGAAGCUGAUCUCAUGGUUCUAUCCGCUUCACUGCGAUCUCCUUAUAAGAAUUCUAUAAACACCAAUGCCAGCCGAAGUGUACGAGCUGCAGCUGUUGGUUUCCUGAAACAAGAUGAUCCGUCUGUAGAAGUCGAUUUAGUGCGAGAAAUUGUGAUACAGCGGUUUUCUGAGCAAUUUGAAGAAAGUUCCGUCACUACAGUCGAUGUUGAUGAAGAGUCGAAGAAAAAUGAGCAUGUUGCCAAGAAUUUAUCCGAUCUCAAAGACUGGAAUUGGAUUUUUGGAAAAACUCCUAAAUUCUGGUUUGAAAACGGCAACAGGAAGCAGUACGUUGAAGCGGGUGUUAUAAAGGAGUGUUCGUUAGGACAUGUAGGAGAACGAUUCGAACUCUAA